ACGGCCGGUGGGACGGCACGCAGGAGCUCCGGCUGUGGGCACCUGCAGAAAGAAGCGCCAUCAAUACGCGACGCAGCGGCUCUCAGGGGAAGGCGCGUUCUUUGCGCGGCGUGAGCGCCUCCCGCCGCGAUGGGCGUCCCGGUUCCCUGCCGGCGCCGUGUCCAUCUCCGCGCGGGAGCGGGGAGCGGCCGCUCCUCUCCAUCACACGGCUGGAACGGACGCUGACACUGCCCUUUGCCCAGUUCUGGCCCCCGCAGCGCAAAAGAGACAAGGAGCUACUUGGGGCGCCACAAGGAUGAUCAGGGGUCUGGAGCUUCUCUCGUGCGUAGAGAGACGCUGGGAGCUGGGACUGUUUGGGCUGGAGAAGACAAUUAGAGGGAUCUCAUCAGUACAUAGAAAUAUCUCAAAGAUAAGCAACGUCUUGUUUUUCAUUUUACCACCCAUAUGUAUGUGCUUGUUCUGUCAAUGUGCAAUCUGCUUCAACAGUGGAAUAUAUUUAAUAUGGAUUCUGUUAAUUGUGGUUGGAAUUGGAUCUGUUUAUUUUCAUGCUACCCUCAGUUUCUUGAGCCACAUGCUGGAUGAGCUGGCUAUUCUCUGGGUUCUGAUGUGUGCUCUUGCCGUGUGGUUCCCUAGGAGAUACCUGCCCAGAGUUUUUCUAAAUGACAGGAGUCAAUUUAAAGCUGCUGUGGGCGUCUUGUCUGGAGUUGCCACCUGCCUGGUUGCCAUUAACAACAUCUAACGAAUGAUGCUGGGAGUUCCCUGCACUGCUUUUCUCAUUGCUGAGUUGAAGAGGUGUGAAAACCUGCCUGUAUACAAACUGGGUUUCUUUUCAGGUCUUUGGUGGAUGCUAGCACUUUUCUGUUGGAUCAGUGACAAAGUGUUUUGUGAGAUCUGGUCCUCAUUCAGCUUUCUUUAUUUGCACUGUGUAUGGCACAUUUUGAUUUGCCUUGUGGCAUAUCUAGGAUGUGUCUGCUUUGCUUACUUUGAUGCUGCCUCUGAGAUCCCUGAGGAGAGCCCUGUCAUAAAGUUCUGGCCCAGUGAAAGGUGGACAUUCAUUUGAGUUCUCUAUGUCACCUCCCUCUGUGCACACAAAAAACAUCUGUGGAGAUUACAUGAACUUGGAAGCCAUGGAAUGGGGAUGGAUUUUCAAUUUAUAUUCCAGCACAGACAAUAUUUACAUAAUGAUAAAUGACUAGUGUUGUAUUUUCUUUUCUUCCUAAGACAGCCAUCACUUCAAGUGUCACAGGAAGAGGAGGAAAGUGUGUUCAUUCCUCUCUGAAGAAGAGAGAGGAAGCAGGAACAUGGGGCACUUGAACUCUAAAGUAACAAAAUGGCUUCUUUGUUUUUUUGCACUGUGUUUUUGAUGUAG